UGCUGUGGAUUACCGACCUCCCCGCGUGGAGCGACGGCGCGUCCUAAAUGCGAUUUAUUUAUUCGUCCUUUUUCCGUGAACGCUUUUCCAAGGCGGAGCGACAACCACGAAUGCUGCCGUUGUCUCGUUUCUAUUUUGAUUGUAUAAUGCGUUUCACAUGUAGCUUUGGACUGGUGCGUUGAUCCUUUCGGCAAGGUCUGCACUACUAACUCAUCAAGAAAAAAGCCAGGCUGGAAAGCUAACUGCUAUGUUAAUGCAUCCUACUUCCCAGAGUAGUGUAAGAGCCAAACCAACACUCUAAUUCAAUACUGCCUGUCAAAUAAUGUCACAUUUUAAGGGUCACUCUAGGAAUUGCAUGUACGAACAAUAGCACUUUUUUUGUCGUAGACACGCCCCUCAUGUUUUACACAUGUACACUGUUAGGCUUAUGUCAGGAAUGCAGAGGUCAGUAGCUGCUGGUAACUGACAGGCUGCUCUCUGUGGUAACUGAGAGACUGAUCCCUGUGGUAGCUGACUGGCUGAUCCCCGUGGUUCAUGUGGAAAUGAUCAGGACUAACGAUGGAAGUUUCGGCCCCGUGGACCCUUUUGUUUCCUGACUCUUGCUUUCUUGAUAUUCGGAUGCUCUGAGAAUAGUUUGGAUACUGGUGGAACAAGUGGAAAUCUGCCAUCUUGGCGAACAGAAGGACAGUAGGUUAGGGUCUGGGGUUUGGGUACUGCGCUGACGAUCCGUCACCAUGCCGAUCCUGAAACAGCUUGUGUCGGGUUCGUCGCAGGCUAAGCGGCGUUCCCGGACUGACCUGACAGCCGAGAUGAUCAGCGCCCCGUUGGGAGACUUCCGGCACACCAUGCACGUGGGCCGUGGGGGGGAUGCAUUCGGAGACACGUCGUUCCUGAGCAGCCGGUGUGCGGAGCCCACACAGGUCCCACAGCUGGAGGAGAGCGGCUCGCCCAAGCAGGGUCUCCUCGCACGCACCUUCCGCGGCAGCAGGCGCUCCCAUUCCGCCAGCCGCGCUGGCAGGCCCGAUGACUCCAAACCGGCGCCCCCCGGCGGCUCCCCCGGGUACGUGAAGAACACCGUCUCAUUGCCGUACCUGAUCGACCAGUGCGCCGCUCAAGCCAGAGUAACCGAACUUCAUCCCCCCCGGUACGUCUCCUCCAGCCCUGCGAAGAAGCUUCCGGAAGCCAGCGACAAGCCGGCCAACGGGCCGACUAUGCCGGCUGUGCGGGACGCGGAGCUGGUUGAGCGGGACUUUGGUGAACUGACUGACCUUCCUGUGAUGUCGGCGCCCCCAGGUGGUGUGAUGAAGCAUGCUGAAUCUAUGAUGUCCUUCCACAUUGACUUGGGCCCCUCGAUGUUAGGGGACAUCCUCAGCAUCAUGGACAGGAAGGGGGACACAGGCCCGGGCUAUGAGGAGGAGCCAGAUGCACCUGUGCCCUGGCCCUUCAGUGAGCCAGUGGAGGAGGCGGAGCCUCCGGUGCCCAGGCUAAGACACGCCCCCGCCAGCCCCUACAUGCCUGGGUUUCACGGCCGUACAGCACAACCGCAUCCGGAUAGAUGUGUGUUCGGCUCCGGAUCUGUGGAGGAGAGUCCACACAAGGUGAACGUGGCGCCCAGAGCCCGGGACGACAGGGACUUCUCCUUCAUGGACGAGGAUGAUGAUGAAGAUGAGAUCAGAGUGUGAAAAGAUGUGACUCAGACCUGCUUUAACGGUGGACAAAACAAGUGGAAAGUGGAGGAGAAAUGGAGAGAACUGAGGGUCAAGGAGUCAGGAGUCAGGGGUCAGGCCUGAGCUUAGAAAGAGAGACAACAUGGAGGAGCAAACAUUCACAACACUCUUGUGUGUGUGUGUGUGUGUGAGAAAAGAGAGAGAGAGAGAGAGAGAAAGAAAGAAAAAGAAAGAAAGAAAGAAAGAAAGAGAGAGAGAAGGAUUCUAUUUGUAAUGGAGAUAGUGAUUAGUUUCAACUGAGUUGUGAAUCACACACACACACACACACACACACACACACACAGCUGUUUUCCCUGAACACAUGCCGCCACAGUGUCUGUUGAAUAUCUCCCGAAUUCUUCCUUGAGUCGAGAGUUUCCUGCCUUCGACAGGCUGUUUCUGUUCGCCUGCUUUACGACAUGCUGGCCCUCCCUAUUCACUCUAUUCAACACACAAACGUCAAACGAUGUCGUUCGCAUUAGCCAGUCACGUUAGGGUCUGGGGGCACUCUUUCACUCACGCCGAGUGGCUCAUUACAGAUGCAGGUACAAUUUACUGAGGGGUAAGAGAAGAACAUUAAUGAGAAAUGGGGACUAAUAGCAAUAAUGACACCAUAUUGUUUAGAAUUGGUAGAAGCCACAAACCUGGCUCUCUGCUGCCCCCUGGUGUGGCUUUACAGUGCUGCAGAUAUGAGGAAGGGUCAGUCAGAGUUAGUCCAGUACUCUACAGUCAGCAUGUUAGAUUCUCCUGGUGUUAUGUUCUUUGUUAUUUAAGCAUUAAGGUCUAAAGCUUUAUUCUUUGUGUUAUGGUAAUUCAUGCUUUUUUAAGUAUAAAACAAUUUAGCUUAAUGAACAGAGCAGAGCACUCUACCCUUGGGCUGUCUUCUCAAUAGAUUAUAAUGUUCGAAAGAAAAUCUCUCUCUGAUUCCGUCAUUUGACUUUCAUUGUCACACUGGGAACCCAAAGAGUUCAUGAUGCACUCUGGGAAAUGGGAGUUUUCUGUGGCACAUAGUCUUACCAUGCUUAUAUGUGAAGGAAUUUAAGUUAGGGAGGCUGCAAGAACUUCCUGUUAAACAUGAACUGCAUUCAGUUACUAACCAUGUGAGGUUUAAAGUUUGUUUUGAAGGGUCAUUACUUCUGAUUAUGGUGUUUGGUUUGGCAAAAGGUUACUAAGCUCAGUUCUGUCAUCUACUGCCCAACACCACUAUCCAGCUGGACUAGCGGACUACAGAAGGACAUACAUGAACCUGUAUCAACACUGCCACCUCACGGGUCUGCCACACACCCUGAAGAGAUGAGCGCCUCCUCAUUCCAACUCUAACCUUUGGACCUUCAGUAUACAGUGUAACCUUGAUAUUCAUAGGGCUUAAGGGCACAAAACCCCUGCAAAUAACUCUUGGUCCCCCUAAACUUUAUUACUAAUACCUUCAAUCAUAUUGGCACACAGAACAAUUAACAGUACAGUAAAACACUACACAGUAUUGUACAGUAACACACUACACUACACCGUACUAUAGAGUAAAACACUCCACAGUACUGUACAGUAAAACACUACACUACAGUAUUGUACAGUAAAAUACUACAGUAUUGUACAGUAAAAUACUACACAGUACUGUACAGUAAAACACACCCCACAGUAAUGUAUGUUUUACAAAUGUAUUACAGCACAGUAACAUUGCAGGCUAACAGUCACAGAGACGCACGUGUGGUAUGUGAUGUGAUGCAAUCCGUAUAUCUGAAAUGGGAAUUUUCACAGUACACCACAAAUCUCCAAAAACCCAUUUAAUUAUUGUUGGCGAACCCACAUAUAAUUUAAUCUAUGAAUAAAACCUGCAAACAUGAGAUUGUAAAUUCUUCAAUACUGUCAUCUUCUCUCCCGUAUUUCUCGUUAAAUCGCUCCGCGAGGCUUUGGCAGGAGUCUCACUUUUUGCCUGAUGUUUCAUACAGGACAAGCACAGUAUACUUGUGUCUCCAGCAGGGUGCAUCUGGCUGCUGAACUGGUGGAAUCAGGAAGGAAAGUUCAUAUGAAGACCACGCGGUGGUGAAGUGAAGGUCUCACAAGAGUAGUCGCCGUGUGUUAUUCCCUCAGUCUUACCCUGCUGUCCAGUUUGGACAGGUAUUUCCUCAGCGUGUUUGGGCAGAAAAGCAGAACUCUUAAAAGCAAAUUUUUUCCACACAUCCUCAGGGGUGGCCAUCGCGAAUCUUAAUCUCUUAUGUUUAGUUAUUAUUGUAUAGUGCUACAGAUAUUUUUUGUAUAAUGAUUAUAGUAAGCAAGUAAAACUGGGUUACACCCUGGACAAAACUGAUCUGCUAAUGGGAUUUAACAGUAAUUACCUAUUCAUAGUGCAUAAUUAUCAGGACUAGUGUAAGAAACAGCUGGGUUGAAACACCGGUCUCUUUGUUUUGUGAUCUUUCUUUUGUUUUCUCACUUGUUCUAUAUGAUUAUAAUACACACUGACAUCCGUGAAUAAUGGCUAUAUUUUUAAAUAAAAACGCUGACGGACUUUUCCUAA